AUGACUGGGGGGAGUUCAGUGACUGCUUCCCUUACGUCAGUUGGAGUACGCCAGGGAUGUCUUCUUUCUCCGACACUCUGCAAUAUAUUCUUAGAGAACAUAAAGAGAGAAGCCUUAGCACCAAAAGUAGCACCCAUCAAACUGGCAGGACGCACCAUAACCCACCUCCAGUUUGCGGAUGAUGUGGAUUUGCUGGAUGGGUCAAGAGUGGAUCAGCAAUCCCAGAUCAACAGCUUGGACUCCACAAGCAGGAGGUAUGGUAUGGAGAUUAGUCUGGAGAAAACCAAAUGCCUUGUAUCUGGUCCGUCUGAUACAAAUGGCCAAGUCACAGUCAGAGGCACAGAACUGGAGCAGGUCAGUGAGUUUACAUACCUCGGCUCUGUCCAGACAGAAGACUGCAGCUCAGACAAAGAGGUGAAAGUCCGAGGAGGGUUAAGUGGCGAGCGGACAGCAGUCUUUGCCUUCUAUCCGCCACAGAAAUACUCUUACGGUCCGCUAGAAGGGAGGGCGUCUUUAGUUGGCAUUGCCUCGCUCAAGAUCAACAAAGCAGACUCAUCAGACGAGGGUCUGUACGUCGUCACCGUCUUCCUAGGAGCUGCAGGAACGCAAGAGAGGCACGUGUACCUCAACAUACUGGUGCGGCCAAUUGUGACAGUAGGGCCACGUAGCCCAUAUAUCGUGACGUCAGGCAAGGACUACAUCUUAAACUGCUCGAUAACCAAGUCUAAGCCAGAAGUAAACGAUGUCUACUGGACUAAAGAUGGUGUUCGGCUAACGACUAGCAGACGGCAGGCAAAGUAUGAGGGAGGGGACAGCAGCUACCCAUCCCUAGUCAUACGUGACGUGGGCAGGGGAGACUCGGGAGAAUACGCAUGCGUCGCGGAUCACGUGACUGGAUCUGUGAGCAAGAGCAUGACAUUGGGAGUCUUGUAUGCGGCGGAUAUUAUAAAGAUCUCGGAGUCCAUGACGGCCGCUAACGGUGACGAUGUCCAGCUGUACUGUGUAGCAGAUGGGAACCCUCCUCCUGAUGUAUAUUGGACAUUCCAGGGCGCGCCGGUGAGGACAGAAGUGCGCAGGCUCAACGAAACAGUCAGCAUGAGCAAGCUUCUAUUAGACGGCGUCAGUGGGAACGACACUGGCUUGUACGCAUGCUCAGUGCGGAAUGGUGUGGGAAGCAGAGCAGUCACAAGAUGGCUUAAGUUGAGGGUCAGAUUACCAGGAGAACCCGAAGGAGGCUACACACAAAUAACCAUCAUCGCUGGCGCAUGCGCAGGCUCGGUCUGGCUUCUCCUGUGCAUCUUUCUUUUAGCCAUCUACAUUCGGCGGCGUCGGAAGCGGUCACGUGUUCGGGAGUCCAAAAACAAAGACUUUGCUUACUACUACACAGACGACCCCUAUGAGUUCCAGUAUUUAGGGUUGCGGAGUUUUGAAUCCGGUUCAAAACGGAGUACUUCCGGGGUCAAGGCCGCACAGUCCUACGAGACGGGAUUGGACGGUGGACGAAGGUAUGCAAAGGCUCUCUAUAACUACUCACCCCUGGACGAGGACGAGUUGCGUCUCUGUAUCGGGGACAUCAUUGAGGUUAUCAAGGGGGAGGGCGAUGGCUGGUGGUUCGGCUACCUGAACGGGAGAGUUGGCAUGUUCCCCUCCAACUAUGUGGAAGUCCUGUCUUCGGACGACAGAAGGACCAACACCCUUCCUCUCAGUCGCAAGGCCACCAUGCUAAACGAGAAAUCACAAGCCCACCAGGCUAGAGCGGCUAAAUCUUCCCUGGAUGAGGAAACGGCGAAACGUCUGUCUGGAAACGCCCCACUGCCACCUCCGCCCCCAGACAUGAGAACACCCAUAAAAUACGAGCAGUCGUCCAUCUAAGUUGCUGCGGGCAUCGUCAUGUCGAUCAUCAUCUACAACAACAAGCAGCAACGUCACCGGUCCAUGUUAGUGCGAUCCAACAUCAGGGUGCACCAGGGUGUUGCACUUGGGCUAAUUUUUCAAGUUUCAAACUUUCCCACUUUCAGUACAGAAACUUGUACAAGACGCAUGAUGCAUGCAAUUGGAUAGCGAUGAGCUGUUUUAAAGUUGCGCUCCUUUAAACUUGAAUGCGUUACUUUACAAUGGCACUAUACGGACACUACAGGACAUUUGUAUAUGCUUAUUUGGCAUAUAACAACAAAACUAGCUGUAUCCUCCAAUGAUUUGUUUCAUAUGUGAAAUAACAUUACAGAACUAAAAGGAGGGUACAAAAUUCUUUGAAAAUGACAACAUUGUUAUAAAAUGUUUUUACAUUUACAUAUUUUGCUUAUAUGGUAUACAAUCUCUACGAACACUACAACAUGGUAAUUUAUGACUGUCACUUUGUUUAUUUACAACCAGUAUCAAAGUGACUUUUAUCAUAAGGCAGUAUCAUCUUCUGUCACUAUCUUUAAAUGUUAAAGAAUAUUGAGUUUGUAUGUACCCAUGGCAUUUAUAUUCCAAUUAUUGAGCCAUUUUGAACUUUUCUACAGACCCUACACGUUUUUCUCGGGAAAAAAAAGCAGGCAACUGAAAUCCAUAUGGUAUUUUAACCCAAAGUACAAGCAACAUAAAGACAUACAUUUUGUGUUACAUAUAGAAAUACCAUGUAUAAUAUGCAAAAUGGCCAAUUCUAUCACAAUUUGGGGGGAUGUACAAGGAGAUAUGUUGCCAGAAAAAAAAGUGUAAAAAAAUGCAUUUUUUGAUAACGUGUAAUACAUGUGUUAACGGCACUCUAGGAAGGACGAUUUUCCAAAUUAUCAUCUAGUUUACAGAAAAACCUAUUAGAAAGAGCCAGUCUUAACAUACGGCUUAAUUGUAAAUUUCAUUUUUGGUCACAACUUACCAAAUAGUUUAUUUGAAAAAUUGCUUCUUUUCAAGUGCAACAGUAUGACGUAAAUGUUAUGACAAUUUUGGGCGUAAAGUCAUAGCAUAAUGUUUGGAACAGCUAUCUACCAAAAAGCUUCAGGAUUAUCUGGAGAAUACUUGUAUUUAAAUGAUAUGUUUAAAAAAUUUCAACACAAUGCAAUGAAUAUUUACUAAGAAUGAUAAAACAGUGUAGGAUGCCAUUGGUACACCCUGAUCUUGGAGUAGCCGAAAGCGACUACAAUUAUUAUGUAAUAUGAAAGGCAAAAGUCCUGAUGCUUAAAUUCUGUGGAUAAAAGUGGAGCGACUGCAGCGUUCGACUUGCUACUCGUCAGUCUAUUCUACCUAGUUUGCACCUUUGUUGGCUGAUACGUAUCCCUGCGGUGAAAAAAAGAUUGACAUUCCGACUUAACACAUCGCGAAGUGAAUAUAAGAAAAAGCUCAUGAAGAAGGUUUGCUCGCACAAAUACAUUGCUGAAAGCUAGGAACCAGAUACCAUAUUUUCUGAGCUGUCAGAAAUAAUUAUCACAGCAAAGAUGUGAUUCCGUCAU